GUUGUGAACCGCGGUGUGGGGAGGAUUUGGCCGUCCGGAGGAGAGGGGCGCUGGGUGGGCGAGCCGCUCGUGGGAAGGGUAUAGCCUGCGUUAAUCAGAGGGCAGAGAUCGCCCAGUGACCUCACGCUGAGCGCUGGAAAGGUGUCGGCCGUGGGAACCGUUGUGUCUGACCCUAGGCAAAGCUUGGACAGCCUUAUCCUCCGGUCUCCAGACCCACUAGGAUUCUUGACUUAGACGUGGACCAUGUCCACAGGGUCGGGGGGUUACUCGGUGAGGCCGCGGGGCGCCCCUCACCCGUCCAAAGGCGGGACUUCCGGUCCUGGCCCCUACCUGGGCGGGAUUUCCUGUGUGCUUCCUAGCGAAGUGGGUCUUUACCUGAGCCCCCGGACCAAGUAGCGAGUUCUGUGAGCGGUAGAGAAAGACCCCGGACAUUCACCUGCCCCAGGCCACAGGGUGCAUCCCCGAGUUCCUCCCACCUUGGGCCGGGGAAGGGGUUUACUUCCAGUUUGACAGGUGAUGGGGGGGGACUUCGCUGGCAUGCUAGCAUCCUUCAUUCCUUGGGAGACUUUUCCUCUUUCCUCAUCUCUUCCUGGAGUCGCUUUCCUCACCUCACCCCCCACCUCAUCCUAAAAAGCCAGUCGCCUUACCUGUCCGUUCCCCCUAUGGGGGACAGGUCCUACCUCCCUCUUUCCGUAAUCUUCAGUUCAGUCGCUCAGUCGUGUCCGACUCUUCCCUAAUCUUAAAUACCUGUAUUUGGAGGGAGAGGGGGUCUUCCAUCUAUCAGCUCCGUGGAAGAUAACAGGACUUCCUCUGGAACCUGGAGGGGUGGGAGACUCUCCUGGGGUGGGGGGCGGUACUUGGCUUGGUUACUGUCCUUUUAGGUAACCAAUGCCAGAGACACCCCCCGCCCCAAGAUCCCCAAGCCUUGGCAGAAGGGUCUGCGUAAGUCGGUCUCCUCCUCUUUGAGGUAUGUGUGGGGCUCUCGUGACCCGCUCACUCCCACUUGACUCUUUCCAGGUCUUCCCAGGUUCUCGGAGUUUGAUCUGCUCUCAGAUCUCCUCUAGGAGAGGAGCCAUACCUUGGUGUCCCAAGGAAGAGCCCCCUGGCCUGGCAUUACCAGGCUGUGCAACCUUGGGCCACUCACUUUCCUGCCCUGAGCCUCAGUUUUCUCCAUCAAGUGGGACCCAAGGAGUGGCUGUGAGACCCUGGAUACCUCCCAGUUCGGUUGGGCUUUGGAGCCUGUCCAGCAGACCACAGUUUCUCUUCUCUUCUGCCCUUUCUAGCUGUGCGCCUUUGGCCAGUGCCUUAAGCUCCUGAGCCUCACUUUUCCCUUCUGGACUACGAAGUCAUAAAUCUUUCCUCAUAAGAUUGGCAGGGUGGCAUUUAGGAUUAAGAACAGGUUCUGGAUCCAGGAUGACCGAUCCAGGUCCCAGCCCUCCAUCUCGGUCAAGACAUUGACCCCAGUCAAGACAUUGAGUCUCCCCCGGCCUCAGUUUGCAACUGUAAAGUGGGAUGAUCGUAGCUCCACCCUCACAGGGGUGGUGAGAGGGUGGCAUGAGGCUGGAUGACAGGCUCAGGUCCUGCCUGGCCCGUGGGAGGUGCGGCAUAAACUUGCUCCCAGGUCUGUGCGGACUGGCAGUGGUUGUGCUCUCACUGCCUGUGGCUUCCGGCAAGGGCUUUGGACUCCGUGAGCUUUGACUGUCACGUUUGUGAGGUAACAGCUCCCACCUUUGUAGGUCAGGUAGGAGGGAUCAUGACCGAUGCAGAGUCCCUGCACGGAGCAAGUGCUCAGCAAACUGGUCUCUCUGAUCAUGAGUCACAAAGAGGAUUCGAAUUGAAAUCUAACUUCUACGACCCUGGAAGGCUAGAUCACAGUCCUGCUUGAAUCCCUCCAGUGAGGAGGAGCCUGCUGCCUCUUUGGGAAGACUCCUCAGCUGCCUAGCAGCCCUAGCUCAACCACUGGUUUACAGGGAGAGAACAGUGAGGCACAGAGAAGGCCGCUCAGUGGUCCGAGGUCACACAGCAGUCAGGGCAGGAAGUCAGGCUUCUGGUCCCUUGUUCUCCGCUUGUAAGAAGAUGCAUCCAAGCAGGUCAUCUGCUUAGAGCGAACUUGUCCUGGGGACACAGAUCCCUGACCUCGGGUGGCUUAUAGUCUGAUGGAGGAGGCAGCCAGAGGUACAGCUGUCACAAGCUUGUGUGACAAGAGCUGUAAUGGAGGUAGCUGAGGGCACUGUGGGUCAAGGGGAGGCAUCUGAUCCAUCUUGAGGGAUCAGGGGAGACUAUCAGAGGACCUGCUGGAAGUGCAAGGACGUUGUGGGCAAAGCCCAGGUACAGAAAGCAGCCGGCAUCCCAUUUUCUGCUCAACCCCAGCUUUCUGAGACCUGCCAUGUGCCAGGCAAGGCUGGUGUCUCAGAGGGCGCGAAUGGCGUCGGGGCGGCCCGAGGAGCUGUGGGAGGCCGUGGUGGGGGCCGCGGAGCGCUUCCGGGCCCGGACGGGCACGGAGCUGGUGCUGCUGACAGCUGCGCCACCCCCGCCACCCCGCCCAGGCCCCUGCGCCUACGCAGCCCACGGCCGAGGGGCCCUGGCCGAGGCUGCCCGCCGCUGCCUCCACGACAUCGCCCUGGCCCACCGGGCGGCCGCCGCAGCCCGCCCCCCCGUACCCCCAGCAGCACCGCAGCCGCCCAGCCCCGCGCGAAGCCCACCCCGGCCUGGCCUUGCCAGGGAGGAAGACGAGGAGGACGAGGACGAACCCACAGAGACGGAGACGUCUGGGGAGCGACUGGGCGUCAGCGAUAAUGGAGGACUCUUCGUGAUGGACGAGGACACCACGCUGCAGGACCUACCCCCCUUCUGUGAAUCAGACCCCGAGAGCACAGACGAUGGCAGCCUGAGCGAGGAGACUCCCGCUGGCCCCCCAGCUUACUCGGUGCCCCCGGCCUCAGCCCUGCCCACACAGCAGUACGCCAAGUCCCUGCCUGUGUCCGUGCCCGUCUGGGCCUUCAAGGAGAAGAGGACAGAAGCUCGGUCGUCUGAUGAGGAGAACGGGCCGCCCUCCUCGCCGGACCUGGACCGUAUCGCGGCGAGCAUGCGCGCACUGGUGCUGCGGGAGGCCGAGGACACUCAGGUCUUCGGGGACCUGCCGCGGCCACGGCUCAACACCAGCGACUUCCAGAAGCUGAAGCGGAAAUACUGAGGCCCAGGGAGCUACCCGGCCCGGCGUCCGUCCCACUCCUACACUACACCCCUGCCCCGCCCCCGGGGCCCGCCAAUCCGAGUCAGAUCCGGGACCGGCCUCCCACCCCCCGGGCCACCAGGAUUGACCAGUCCCUGCAGAUUCACGCCACCCUUCCAGCCCACGACGACAACUGCGCCGCCGAGCGGGGCCUAUCCAGUUUCCGAAUUGGGUCUGUCUGCUUGCUGCCCAGCGACAGUUUUUCUAGUAAGGAAUUGGCUCUCUCCGCGACCGGGGCGUGGCUAAUUCGCAAAGCGUUGGCUCCAUUCCCGAAAGAGUCAAGCUCCAGGAUUGGGUAAUCGUCCUCCCCUUCAGCAUAGCGAAUGGACAGCUCCUUCACUUGAUUGACUUGAACACUGUAAAGGGCUUGACCAAUCUCCCUAGAGACUCAACAACCCUUCUUGAGUUCCCCCAUUUGAUUGGCUCUAGCCUCCUGGGGGCGUAGCCAACUCCUCCUGUGCCCAGGAUUGGUCUGUGGUGGUAAAUUUAUGUUCUUUACACUACUGGGGCCGGGGUUGAUUUUCGCCGAAGUCCCGACAAUUGUCCCUCUGGCCCCUUCAGGGAUGGCCUGAUCCGGUUCUUGCGUCUGACACCCUCUCAUUGGUUACAUCCCACAACUGCCUGCCAAUCAAACCCGUCCUUGCAUCCAGGACGUUACCAGCUCCCGCCCCUCUCCCCCACCCCCACAGGUGCCUUAAAGGGCCCUCGUCCACCCAAAGUGGGGGGCAGGGGGCCUCACUCUCCGGCCCUGGCGUAGGGGAGAGAGUCGGGGGUGGGGAUCGGGAGUUGGGAGGGGCGCUCUGAGAUUAAAGAGUUUUACCUCUGACAAAUGAA